UGCGCUACACGUAGACAGGCUCUGUUUCACCUCUCAACCAGCCUGCUACCUCUGAGAAGGAACUUCCCAUAGUUCACUCACUCAGCCUCCUUUUUUACCUUCUUCGUCAGGAUGGAGGAGCUCAGAUCAAGAUGGAUGAAGCUGAUCUUUAUGACUGUUGUUUGUCUGUGUCUCUGCUUGCCGGGGGAAUCGUACACCAAGAGAGCCCCGAAGGUUCCUCGCUGUCCUGCAACCUGCUCCUGCACCAAAGACAGCGCUUUCUGCGUGGACACUAAGGCCAUCCCAAAGAGCUUCCCCCCUGGAAUCAUCUCUCUGACGAUGGUGAACGCAGCCUUCACAACCAUCCCAGAGGGAGCUUUCUCUCACCUUCACCUGCUGCAGUUCCUGCUCUUGAACUCCAACACAUUCACGAUGAUUGCCGACGAUGCGUUUGCUGGUCUGUCUCACCUGCAGUACUUAUUCAUUGAGAACAACGACAUCCAGGAGCUGUCCAAGCACACCUUCAGAGGACUCAAAUCUCUCACUCACCUAUCCCUCUCAAACAACAACCUGCAGCAGCUUCCCAGAGAUCUCUUCAAACAUCUGGACAUCCUCACAGAUUUAGACCUGCGUGGGAACUCGUUCCGCUGCGACUGUAAGAUCAAAUGGCUGGUCGACUGGAUGGAGAAGACCAACACUUCGGUCCCGGCCAUCUAUUGCGCCAGCCCCUUUGAAUUUCAGGGUCGUAGAAUCCGUGACCUCACACCGCGGGACUUUAACUGCAUCACAGCAGACUUCGCCGUGUAUGAAACCUUCCCUUUCCACUCGGUGUCAGUGGAGUCCUACGAAUUCAACGGAGAUCAGUUUGUGGCCUUUGCUCAGCCAGAUUCAGGAUUCUGUACCCUGUAUAUAUGGGAUCAUGUGGAGAUGAUCUUCAGAAGAUUCCAUAACAUCACCUCUCGCUCGGCUGUUUACUGCAAACCCGUGGUGAUAAACAACACUCUAUACAUGGUAGUAGCUCAGCUGUUUGGUGGAUCGCACAUUUACAAGUGGGAGGAGGGACCCCUGCGCUUUGUAAAGAUCCAAGACAUUGACACCAAUCGGGUGAGGAAACCCAACUUUGUCGACACCUUCCAGCUUGAUGGAGAGUGGUACUUCAUUGUUGCAGACAGCUCCAAGGCGGGCUCCACCAGCAUCUAUCGCUGGAACAGCAACGGGUUCUACGCCCAUCAGUCCCUCCAUCCCUGGCACCGGGACACUCACGUGGAGUUCAUAGACGUCGGUGGGAAGCCUCAUCUCAUCCUCUCCAGCGCCUCUCAGCCACCUGUGGUUUACCAGUGGAACCGAAGCCAGAAGCAGUUUGCCUUCCUGUCCAUCAUCACAGAGCUCGCGGACGUACAGAUGGUGAAGCACUUUUGGGUGAGGAAAGUCCUCUACCUCUGCCUCACCCGCUUCAUCGGUGACUCGAAGAUCCUGCGUUGGGAGGGGCAGCGAUUCGUGGAGAUCCAGACUCUGCCCUCCCGGGGUUCGAUGGCGGUCUAUCCCUUCACGGUGGGCCUUCGCCAGUACCUCAUCCUGGGAAGUGAUUUCUCCUUCUCCAGGGUGUACCUGUGGGACGAUCUCACCCAGCGCUUCCAGCUAUUCCAGGAGCUCAACAUGAGGGCCCCCAGGGGGUUCGGCCUGGUAUCGGUCGACAACAAAGACAUUCUGCUGGCCGCCAGCUUCAAAGGUAACACCUUGGCCUACCAGCACCUGGAGGUGGAUCUCAGUGCCAAAUGAACAACAGGAGAAAUUUACCUUCUGAUUCAAAAUGUGCCAAUAAGACUGCAGAAACGCUGAAGCCAUGUAACUUUAUCUUGUGUAAACCAACUAAUUAAAUGAUUGUUUUUGAAAUUUUGCACUAGAACUUAAAAUCUAAUGGAAAUAAUAUGUUAGUCAACGUUAGAGUUGUGAAGCUGCUGAAUCACUGUUCUGUUCAAAGAAAUUAUGGCUAGAGCAUCGCUGUCGUAUUUCUGAUUUGUUGUGCUUAACUGAUUACAUUUAGAUACUGAAUGACAGAGAGGAGAAGUAUAAAUGUUUUGUACUCUAUAUGGUAAAAUGAAAACCAUUUUUGCACGACAUUAAAAAGCUCACCCAGAA